AUGGAAGAACGGAGAGUCGCCGAUUAUUUCGUGGUCGCUGGCCUCCCAGAGGAACCAGAAAUACUUGAUGAUUCGGAUUCUGGACAUUUAAAGGGUUACAGCACCAAAGCACCAAUUACAGAUAUAGGUGUAAUUUUCCCUGGACUGGACGAGAAAGUGCCAAAUGACUAUGAGCUACUGGAGUUCACACCUACGGGACUACCAGCUGACUUGAACCAUGGCUCGAUACAGUCGCCCGUAUGUUUUCUGUGCAUACGACGGGGCCGCGACAAGCCCCCUCUCGUCGAUAUUGGAGUCAUGUACGACGGUAGAGAGCGUCUUAUGGCGGACGCGGAAAUGGUGCGCAAAUCUGUGGGCGGCAGAGUCGCGAACGUGAACAACUCGAAGGCCAUAACCUAUAUUACGUAUCGUCGGGCUCAUCCGAGCGCCCCCUGCAACGCCCUCGUCGUGGUAGACAUCUGCGUCAUCGUGUCCAGCCGAGGAGAGACACCGCCGCACGCGUUCUGUAUGAUCGGGAAGAAUUUAAAUAAAGGCUUAAUGGGCAGCGAUGUCUUCCUGUGCUACAAGAAGUCAAUGAACCGCCCGCCGUUGAUAGCUUUCAAGCCUGAGGUACUGUUUAGAUAUCCUACAGUCGACCGCCGCAGUUUAGAGUUUCCGUCAUCUGUACCACUGUUUUGUCUGCCCAUGGGCGCCACAUUAGAACUAUGGCCAAACACGGCAUUGGCUCCGAAGCCCGUAUUUUCCACAUUUGUGCUAACUGUUGCCGAUGCUACUGAUAAGGUUUAUGGCUCAGCAGUGACAUUCUACGAAAACUACCCUCACACCAAAUUAAAAGAAAACCACGAAGAACUGCUCGGAUGGCGAUCUGGUGCGACACACACCACACAUUCGUUACAUGCCAACAAGUGUAUCUGUUUACUAUCGCGGUGGCCGUUUAGCGACACCUUUGAACGAUGGCUGUUGUAUAUACUGGAGAUGUCCUGGACUAAAGAACCUCUUGGUAUACCGAUUGAAAGGUAUAUAACACAUCUACUUGAAGAGGUGCCGUUUCCCGAGCCGCGGAUUCUAUUACAGUUGUCACCCACAAACCCCCACGACCGGGUGAUAGUGACACGGCGGGACGACCAGCCACUCGUGCGCAGCGGUGCCGGUUUUCGGCAGCUGCUGCUCAAUCUUGGACCGGAUAAUUGUUUACUAUUGCUCGCCCUUGCCCUCACAGAACAGAAAAUACUUAUUCACUCGCUCAGACCCGACACGUUAACAGCUGUCUCAGAAGCGGUAUCGAGUUUACUUUUCCCUUUUAAGUGGCAGUGUCCAUACAUACCUCUUUGUCCUCUAGGUCUAGCUGAAGUACUCCAUGCGCCCCUGCCGUAUCUCAUCGGCGUCGAUUCAAGGUUUUUUGACCUGUAUGAACCUCCGCCAGAUGUUACAUGUGUGGAUUUAGAUACAAACAAUAUAACAAUAUGCGAAACACAGAAGCAUAUAUCCUUGAAACUACUUCCAAAGAGCCAAGCAAGGGUUCUGAAACAGACACUUGAACAACUUUUUGCUAACAUUCGACCUACCUCGCCCGUCCAUUAUUCGAAUAAUAACAAAUACAAUGGUGAGCCGACCACAAGUUUAGAUAGAGACUUUCAAAAACGUAAAAAGGAGCAAGCCUUAGAACUAAAAAUUCAAGAAGCUUUCCUCCGCUUCAUGGCUGUGACAUUAGAAGGUUACCGCCGGUACCUCAUACCUAUUACCAAAGCACCAACAGUAGGCACUACAGAUCCCCACGCGUUGUUUCAAAUGGACGCCUUUCUUAAGUCUAGGGAUAAGGCACAACAACGUUUCCUAGCGUUAAUAAUGCGUACGCAGAUGUUCACCCGUUUUAUCGAAGAACGGUCAUUUGUGUGCGACGGCGCAGACCAGGGUCUAACUUUCUUUGACGAGUGCAUAGAACGUGUCGCCUCUAACGAGCCCUUAUUGGACUUGGAUACCGGCAACGCUUCAGAGCGUACCGUGUUUGUGCUACCGCCCGAUCCACCCGAUCCAGAGGAGAAGUACACCUAUGAAAAGUUUGUCCUGGAUACUAACUUAGUGAGUCGAUGCAAACAAUGCGCUCGCGGGGCUAUACAAGCGUUACCCAGCGCUGCCCUCGCCUCCGCAGAAUCGUUAGCAGACGCUUCACCCAUGGCCAGACGUACUAAGCACGAAAUAGCAGCAGCUCAAAGAUUAGCUCGAAAAGCCAGCUUAUCGCCUGAAGCCUGGGCGAAAUGCCUUCUCGGAGCUUGUUACUCGCUGUACUUCUUAGCAUUGCCUUGCCGGCUGAUAUUACACAGAGGCAGAGAACACGCAACGCUACGAGCUGCGUACGAGUUGCUUGAAAGAGCCACUAAACUACGAGUGCCUUGUGAUGAGGUUUGCUAUCGAGUGAUGAUGCAGUUAUGCGGUAUUCACUCACUUCCCGUGUUAGCUGUGCAAUUGCUGUUCCUGAUGAAACGGGCUGGUCUGCAACCGAACGCGCUAACGUACGGGUACUACAACAGAUGUGUACUGGAGGCUGCAUGGCCUAAGGAUAUGCCAAGCGGUUCACAGUUGCUAUGGAAUAAAUUGCGUAUAGCUGUUAUGGGUGCGGCUUUAUUCCGUGCGGCCGGUGCACAGAGGGCUAGUCGAGCAGCAGGAAAUGCAUCGGGUGCGGGAGGUACUCUACCUCGUGUACGCACAGUAGCUGGAGAGGGCUCUGAGCUUGCAGCACUGGCGUUAGCUGAACCUAUGCGCAGCCGCACGAGUUUAGACUCAGUCUGUGUACGAGAAGCAGAAGCGAGUGCUAACGCCUUCGACGCGCUAUGUCGACGUGGGAAUAUCGUUCGUGCGAACACUCAUACGCGCCCGCACACGCGUGCGCACGGCCUAUCCGCGCACGCUGGAAUACUUAUCUCAGGUUUACCCUCAGACCCAGAUCUCAGCGAAACUUCACGACCCCGGAGUAAUUCAUUAGGUAGCGAGGAACCCGAGCAAACAGUUCCAAUAUCGGAAAAGCGGCAGACAAUACACGUAAGUCCAGAAAGUCCGACAGACCUUCGAAUAUUAACGCGGUCUGAGAGCUUUGCGGGUGAUGCGCAAAUUGUUCAAAAUCUACAAAGGCUUUCUUUUGGUAACACAAAUUCAAAGGCUCGUUGUACGCGAGCGCUCAGUUUUCCCGAAGAAUCUGAUCGGGAGACAUCGGCAGUACAGCAUAGCGAUGAUAAUAAGAAUCAACAGUCACCACUCAAGUUAUCGCCUCGUACUCCGGUUCUAGCGGACGACCCACUAGGAGCCCUAUCGCAAGACGAGCCACUUACACCCCCGCAGCCGCGCAUCGAAGAACCGCCUCCGCCUAAACACGAGCUCAGCGUCAGCCCUAAGUUGUUCCACAGGCGAAGCAACUCUUUCCAGGAUGAACCAAUGGAAUCCACCGGGAAACUACACAGGAGCGAGACGGCACCUGCAACCGUUUCAAGUCUGGUCAGCCUCGGGAACACUCUCAAGAUAAGCUUCGGACGCUAUUCGCCCGGCCGCCUUUCGUUACGCAAAGACAUGAAAAUCGGAAAGGAAAUAAUCGAAAGUUACUUCAGUCCAACAAGUAUAGCUGGGAAGAAGUCAAAUGAGCUGCUGCAGAGCGGUCUAAGCAGUUUAAAAUCGGCAGCGACAAGUAUGGCGAAGAAAUUCGAUGAAAUGAAGGAGGUGAUAUCGGCUAACUCUACGCCGGUGAAGAUGAAGGGCGCUAUUGGAAACGCGACUAGUGCGCUCACCAGCUUCAUAGUGGAAGAAGAUUCUACUGAUGGGUCUUCAGAAAUUAAUACAGACGAUUGGUCAAGUGCCACUGGCUUUAGAAGAGCUUCGAGUGACGCUGAAUUAGCUUGCAGUAUGGAACGAGGGUCGUUAGCUACUCUCCUUUCUCACUUACCUGACAAUUUAUAUCCACAACAAAACGAGAACAUAAGCAUGGAGAACGUGUCGGUUGUGGUUCAGAUGACGUCCUGCUCGCAAUGUCACCAGUGUUUGGCGUGGCUCUAUGAUGAAGAUAUAAUGGCUGGUUGGGCCGCGGACGAUUCAAACCUUAACACCCGUUGUACUGCCUGCGGAAGGCAUACUGUGCCUUUACUUUCUAUACAGGUUGUAAGAACCGGACAAACGCAGGCGGAAACUUUAAGUGUGCCUUAUCUAAAUCCAUUGGUGCUUAGAAAAGAAUUUGAAUCUAUUUUAGGUAGGGAAGGCGACGCGUGUCUAGCAGAACCGGAAUUCGUUGAAUCGCAUCCAAUUGUUUAUUGGAACCUCGUUUGGUUCUUGGAACGAGCGAACAUCGAAAAUCACCUGCCGGACUUACUUUGCCCCAACUACUCGUCGCGGUAUACCAGUUCUGACGCACUCUCGGACAGUGAUAAAGUUGGAGGUUGCCGCGUCUUAUGCUGCUGGGACACGAUGCGUUGCGUUGAAGGCGAGGCGGUGCCGCUAUAUCGCGCCUGGCGAGGCAGACAUCAGCCUCGCUCGAGGCAAUUACGCGCCUUACUGCUCACUGAGCAUGACUCGCAACAUCGACAAUCAGUAAUCGUAUCAAUACUGGACGGUCUUCUUAGUAACGAUUUGUCGGACGCGAUACGUAAGCUGGCGUCGUGGAGAGAAUCUACGACAGGCAAUAAGCGUUAUCAUUCCUAUUAUAGGGACAUUAUAUUCCUCGCAAUGACGGCUCUUGGUGAGCCCAACAUCGACUUUGUUGCACUUCAGCGAGAAUAUACCAGGGCACUAGAACAACUAGGAAGUGAAGCGCGACCGCAGGAUUUACCUCCAUCGCCCACUGCUGUGUACUGUAGGCAUUACUUCAAACGACUCCGACUCAAACUCGAAGAAUAG